ACGUGCGCCCGUGCGCCGCAACUAGCCGCAACCCGCACGCCCGCACUGCUUUGUGCGAAGAGUCCGACCACAGUGAGUCCGACUAAGUUGGUUUGAACAAAACCAUCAAAGCAGCUAAGCGAGUACACAUUGAACGAUCAAACGUUACAUACGCUUUAUUGUCGCCAGUUUGCAGACUGCCCUCGAACCAGCAAAGCUACAAAUUGUGAGUCACGAUUCACAGAACUUGUACGCUUGUACUCCAAAAGCGGAUCUAUCCGGAGAGGGUUCAAGAUGACUGUACGGAGAGUACGGGUGUCCCGCUGUGUCGAUUGCAGCUACGCUGGCUACGCUCAUUGAAAGUUCAGCGGCCUCAGUUCGCACAUUGACGCGUCAAAAGCUGGGUUUCAACGAUGCCCGCUCUUCGAGUCUAGAAACAGAAUUUGAUAAGUCAAAGGUUGAUGCAACAACCGCAGGACCGCGUUGCAAGUCGCCGUGCAACCAACUAACACCCAAGUCGUCGAGAGACGAGACUCGCAGCUCGGGGACGGGCAAGUGAUCGGCAUUGCUCUCAAGAUGUCUCGACGCGACGCGGACAACCCCGCAAACAAUCAGCGUGCCGCGGACAGCGACGACAACGAGUUUGGUGAGUUCGAGGGCUUCGAAGGAGCCGUCGGAGGCGUGGUGGCUCACCCGGCGCCUUCUCCGUGGGCCACUUUCCCCGAUCUGAUCCGGGUACGCACGAGCCCCGGCGGUACGGCCAACAACAUCGCCAACGACGGCCUCCUACCCCAACAUCCCGAAGCCGACAAUCCAUCGGGCUCCCGUUCCCGAAACCAGAAUCCUCCGGAUGUAUCUCUGCAUGCUAGCGGAUCCAACAACGACGACGUCAACCUCCUCAACUUCAUUCCCGGUUCCCACCAACGAGUCGGCGCUCUCCCGGACAUGGCUGUCGAAUCCGAGCUGCGACACUCGAUGCAAGCGUUGUCAACGUCGUCAUCGGCGUCAUCUUCGAGCGGCGCUCCGCGAGACCACAUCGCCGAAGUCCGACCGACCUUACGAGGCUCGACGCACGGUCGCGGCGGCGCCGAACCCGGCACGCUCGCCAGCAUGGCUGCUGCAAAUGUUCAGCGAACUUCAGGGCUACCCCGGAGUAAUCGAGCGUCCUGCACGGCGCGUGACAGCUCUCCCGCUCGAGACUGGAUGCCCGACGCGGCCUUGGGCGCGGACGCGGUCACCUUGGCGGCUUCGCUCCGCGAAUCGAACGCGGCGUUGACGCGUCGACUGUCGGCCAGCGAGAGCAGGGUGCGCGAGCUCGAGUCCCAACUCCGCGAACUGAGGGAACGCGAGUCGCGCAGCGACCGGCACUCGCAGGACAUCGUGCGCGAGUUGGAGGCGAUUCGAGACACCCUGGCGGCGCACGAGCGCGCGACACGGUCGCUCGCGGAGCGCGUCCAGCUGGGCGACACUGAUCGCGAAGCAGACACCUCGGGCGACAUGAAACCCAACGCGAAAGGCUGUUCGGACUCGCGCACCAGCAUGGAGGACAGACUGGCCGGCAUCGAGGCUUCUCUGGAAAAGCUUUGCAACAAGGUCUCGAAUGUUUCUGCCCUGGAGAGAGAACCUGCCGGAGGUGCGAGUGCUACGGGUCUGUUGACGAGAGAGGACAUUGCGCAGGCGGUGCAGGAUGUGCUCUCCCGCCAGUCGACGCAACAGAAGAGCUUGCUGGAGGACGAGAGGCGUCGCCUGAUGCAGUCGUUUGCCGAGUCAUUUCAGGUUGCCAUCUCGCAGUUCCUGCAGUCGCUGAACUCCGACAACUUGGACAGUUAGCUGGCAGAGGAUGGCUCAACGUUGUCGGAAAGUGCAGCCCGAUGGGUCGGCUGCUUUUGUGAUGGGCUCGGGAGGCGGUUCUGAAUGGCAUUGGGAUGCUGGGGGUGCUAAGCGGAGUGACAAGUAGUGUCCACUUAGUGUGAAUGCCGCCAUACCUUGCAGACUUUGGUCUGAAAAGCAAUGCGAAUUUGUCUACAAUAAGGUCAAUGUGUCGCAGUGUUCGAGGGAUUCUGGCAGCUUUUUGGGCUAAAAUUCAAGGGGUGUGAGGACAGACAAAAAUGUAUAUCACAGUUUGAGACUAUUGCGGCUAAGCGGCGACGACAAUAACAAUGUGGCUCGUGACAAGAGCCACAUUGUUAUUGUCGCCGCUUAGCCGCAAUAAGACCGUUGUUUUUAACUGUGCAUCCCCACUUCUGAGUUCUGACUUGUGUAAACUCUGCCAGAUUGUUUGUUUUAACUUUUCUUUGAAACUUUCUAUUCACUGCAUGUUCAGUAGGCCAUACAAGUUUGCAAAUGCAUUAGUUAUCAUCUCACAUGCAAGUGAUGCCUCAUUGCAUAAUCUGCGGUGUAAUUAGGUUAAAUUAUGGACAUUAUGUUUGUGGAAGAAAAUAGAAAAAUACCGUAGCAUUGUAGAAGACUAUUUUCCAUAUCACUGGUGAAGUUUACACGCAGCCGAGCUGUAGUGUGCGAGUAGUAUUUAAUGGUUGCCCUAGCUAUGCCCCUGCUGCUGAGUAGAUACUGGUAGCAAACUGUAACUCGAUGAAUGUUAAGAGUGGCAAGCUGGAUAGUGUGAAUUGAACCUGGAAAAGAUUGGUUCACCGAGGCAAGCAUUUGCUAAAUUGCUUUUAGAUGCGGAAAGAUACCUUGCUGUUUUUAGGCUUCCAUGUGCUUCUGGCAACAAAAAAUUUUUUUCCAACUAAUUUUGUCAUGUUUGCGGCAACAGUUAUUUAAAUGUUCGCCUGGUGCAACUCCGCUAGUAGCGUUAUGGAAGGUUGCUCCGAGUAUGUGCUCACUGUCAACGGGCUUGGCGAUGGCAGCCAGCGAACAUCGCCCGCAGGAAGACUUGCUGUUAUGUAUUGCGAUGAUUCAACCUGUGUAGGAAAGUAUGGCCAAGAAAUUGUUAGAACGUUAUUGUGGCAGCUAUUCCUUUUUUUUUUAAUAGUUUUGGAACCUCUUGGUUAGUUGUAGUUCUACAGAUAUGAUCUCCUCACUCUACUCUGGACACAGUUCUCAUUUUGAAUUAACAAUAAACGUGAUGUUAAAAGGCCACA